AUGGUAGGCCUCGCUAGAGCAUUCCCACAGCUCACCACCUUGUCUCAGUCGACCUCCGCCCCCGCGGACACGGUCCCGCCAGCGCUCAUCAUCCUCAACUCGCCACACAUAGUCGACGGGAUAAUGCAGUACGCCGCCACCCGCACGACCCUCGUCUCAUGCCUCCGCGUGAGCAAGCAGCUCCACGACGCCGCUGGAAAGGUACUCUACCACACCGUCCGGGUCGACCGAUACAACCUCGACGGUUUCUUCCUCGGCGCGCUAGUCGGCUCGGGCUUCGCUGAGGAGAGCGGCUGUCACGGCGACGCGUGUCGGCGCUUCACGGAAAGGGACAAGGACAAGGACAAGGACAUCAACAAGACGACUGUCGAGAAUGCCCUUCCAACGGGCCAGGGGAAGACGCGCGGCCAGAAGAAGAAUGCCCAGAAGCGCAAGAGGAAGGCCGCGGGCCGCACCACCAACUUCAAGGCCCCGCUCCUCGCCCACGUUCAGGUCCUCUCCCUGGGCUCGCACCACACUUGCGUCUGUCAUCUGUAUGGUGAACACGUCGGCUCUCUUCUCCCCAACCUCGACACACUGCGCAUCGUGCCGGCGCCCGACACGACAUACAAGCUCAAGCCGCUCUGUGACGACGCCAAUACCUGCCUCAUCUUCCAGAACGUGGCCCCUGCCAAACUCGUGCUGCGCAACUUGGACGACGGCGACUCCCACUUCACCACCUGGCCCGAGGGCGACCAUUGGAAUGAAGGAGGCCUCUUGGAGGUCGUCUGGGUCGUCCCCAUUGAUGGGCGCCGUCACGGGAACGGUGGCCUCAUCAGUACUGCAGAGUACUUUUUCGCAACGGCCGAAGUCAAGGUCAUCUUUCAUGACGACUGGGAGGUGUGGCGGCUGCCCCCCGGCUCGCAAGUGGACCGAAUUUUCAAGGCCAUGCAUCUGUCCAAGGCGCCGCUUACGCCCUCCGACAUUGUCUACCCUGCCAGCCACUGGUGCAUGUACACCGAUCCCCGGAACACGAUUUGCGGCCUCGAGACUGUCGAGUUUGUCCCUGAACAUGACGACCUCGUGAGCACUUUCGAACACUUCUUCCCCGACGUACACCUCGACAGUGACCGUCUCCGCCAACUGGUCCGCGACGAGCUUCGGACCGGAUCCCUCCAGGCGGCCUUUGACCAGGACGAGUAUGAAGACAACGACUUUCCCAAGUCCAUCGAGUACAAGACUCUGGAAGAGUACGCCGCGCUGCCCGAGCUCGAGCGCCUGUAUGAUCUCGACGACGACCUUCCUCCGUGGCUCGAGAUGACCGAGUCCAAGACCAAGGUCACGAGCUCUAGGUACAUCGCCGCCGAGGACAGCAAUUUCAUGUACGAGACCAAGAUCAAUGGCCUUUGA